UCUAUGGGCUUGCGGCACGCGGGGGCACCGAGCAGCCCCGCCGGCCGCCGCCGCCUCGCCCCGCGCCCCGCCGGGCAGCGCGGAGCCGCGGCCGCUGCACCCCCUAGGCGUGCCUGCCCCGGGGGGGGCGGCGGCCAGGCCAUAAGAAGCGGGAGCCCGCGCCGCGCCCCCGCCCCGCCACCCGCGCACCAUGCACUUGCCGGGACUCUGCUCUCUGGUUUGCGCUCUGCUGCUGGGAACCCGGCAGCCGCCCGCCGCCGCUGCCUACGAGUCCGGGCAGGGCUACUACGAGGAGGAGCCCGAGCUGGGAGAGGCGCAGGCUUAUGCAAACAAAGACCUGGAAGAACAGUUGCGAUCUGUAUCCAGUGUGGAUGAACUCAUGACAGUGCUUUACCCAGAAUACUGGAAAAUGUUCAAAUGUCAGUUGAGGAAAGGGGGCUGGCAACACAACAGGGAACACUCCAACUUCGACACAAGAACAGAUGAUUCAAUAAAAUUUGCUGCAGCACAUUAUAAUGCGGAGAUCUUGAAAAGUAUUGAUAAUGAAUGGAGAAAAACUCAAUGCAUGCCACGCGAGGUUUGUGUGGAUGUCGGGAAAGAGUUCGGAGCAACAACAAACACCUUCUUUAAACCACCAUGUGUAUCCAUCUACAGAUGUGGAGGUUGCUGCAAUAGUGAAGGACUGCAGUGCAUGAAUAUCAGCACAAGUUAUAUCAGCAAAACAUUGUUUGAGAUUACAGUGCCGCUGUCUCAUGGUCCUAAGCCUGUAACAGUCAGUUUUGCCAAUCAUACAUCCUGCCGAUGUAUGUCUAAGCUGGAUGUUUACAGACAAGUUCACUCAAUCAUUAGACGCUCCUUGCCAGCAACACAACCACAGUGUCAUGUGGCAAACAAGACUUGUCCAAAAAAUCAUAUCUGGAAUAAUCAUGUUUGCAGAUGUCUGGCGCAACAUGACUUCAGUUUCUCUUCCCACCUUGGAGAUGCUGACACUUCUGAAGGCUUCCAUAUCUGUGGACCAAACAAGGAGCUAGAUGAAGAAACAUGUCAGUGUGUCUGCAAAGGGGGUGUGCGGCCUUCAAGCUGUGGAUCUCACAAAGUAUUGGAUAGAACAUCAUGCCAAUGUAUGUGUAAAAAUAAACUUCUGCCUAGUUCCUGUGGGCCCUACAAAGAAUUUGAUGAAGACAAGUGCCAGUGUGUAUGUAAAAGAGCCUGCCCUAAACAUCAGCCACUAAAUCCUGCAAAAUGUGUCUGUGAAUGUAUAGAAACUCCAAACAGAUGCUUCUUGAAAGGAAAAAGAUUUCAUCACCAAACAUGCAGUUGCUACAGACCACCAUGUACAGUUCGAACGAAACGCUGUGACCCUGGAUUUUCUUAUAGUGAAGAAGUGUGCCGCUGCGUACCCACAUAUUGGAAAAGACCACUUACUAAUAAGUGAAGGAAGCACUAUUUGCUGCUUUGGUGCACUUUUUUCCAUUAAAACUGUGCUCACAUUUGGAACUAACUGUGUACCAGACACCCUGUGGGCCUUCAGAGACAGACACAUUGUGCUUUUCCCAAGAAAUAUGGAAAGCAAAUGUAGAAAAUAACUGGGGCUCAUGUUGCGUAAAGAACUCACUGAGGACUUGUUUUCUGCCAAUGACCAAACAGCCUAGGGUUUUCUUCUUGUGAUUUUUUUUUUAAAGAGAUAAUGACUAUAUAAUUUAUUUCCACUAAAAGCAUUGUGCAGCAUUCCUGUUUAUAGCAGUAACAAUUGUUAAAGCUCACUGUGAUCAAUAUUUUUAUAUCAUGCAAAGUAUGUUUAAAAUAAAAUUUUAAGUUGUAUUAUA